AUGGAAAAUGCCAUGGUGUUUUACUUGAACUUUGAUAAGCUAGCUUUUACUUAUGGUGUUUGCCAGAAUACAGAGAAAACUCAUCCAGAAACGGGAGAAUAUCAGGCACUACAUAACAUGGUCACGGAGCUUUACUGCGUAAUAAUCAUGAUUCGGUGUUAUAGCAAAUACGGUACCCCUAAGAGAUACCAGUUUAUAGAGCAUGAAAAAGAGCGAGAAAUUACACAGGGCAAAAGAAUGAAUAUCAUUCUCGCAGGCAGUGCUGAUAGUAACCAAAGCAUACUUUUUAUAUUUGAAGAUCAAAAAACUUUUAUAACUACUCUCUGGCAGGGAUGUUGUUUCAGGCGUUAA